CAGGAAAAUCUGAUGAAGUCAGAACUGAAGUAACAUUAAUACUCUUAAAUGCAAGAUAUCUGGUGGUCUGCACUUAAUGGGGGGAGGGGUGGUAAUACUGAUCUUGAGGAAAUUGGAAGACUACUUGAUCAAAUCAAGAUUUUUAGUAUAUGUAUGUACUAGGCUUAAUACUUUCUCUUCCACCACCCCUCUCCUGCCUCCUUUCAUAUCACAGUGUCUACAGCAAAAAAUCCCCAAAGGCCAGACUCUCUGAUCUUCCUUCCCAGGGGACUAAAGACCAAGUCCUCCUCACCAGUCCUCUGCCCUUCCUUAGUUUCCCGAGGUUAGCUGUGGCAGCAAGAUCAAAGAACAAGCCUCUGUCCCACAACAUCUAUUCAUUAUUCUGUCCAGGUAUCACUUCUUCCAAAGAGGCCACCCCCUCUCCCUGACCUUCCCCUUCCUGCUGUGCAAGAGACCAUCUGCCACUUUUUUACCCUCUCCUGUAAUUAAUUAAUGGGAGGCAGUCCCCAGCUGUGCUGAAGAGCACAGGCUUUGGGAUCAGAUACAUUCAGGUCUGAAUCCCAGUUCCCCCUCCUGCAAGAUAUGACUUUCCUCACCUGUACAAUGUGGCUAAUAAUAGUACUUUAUUUACUAAUCUUUCCUUUCCUCACCUGUACAAUGUGGCUAAUAAUAGUACUUUACUGUCCAAAACUGUUAAGAGAAAUGGGUGAAUUAACACAUGACAGUAACCUGUUAAUACCUCCCUGGUCCCCGGCGCCCUGUUCAAACAGUAGAUAGUAAAUAGCUGAGUGGCUGCAGCUCUCAGAGUCUGACUGGCCUAUAUUGAGCCUGGAGGAACGGGAGGGCCGGUGCGGGACGGACUGCUUUCAACUCUCGCCUAGUCGGGCUUGCCCCCUCGCGAGUAAGGCGGGACCGUCGGAUUGAGUGACGGCUCGUGGCCCGCCCCGGGCGUGACGUCGUCCUGGUGUUGUUGCUGCGGUCGCACGUGGUCUACUGAGUCUGCUUCAGAGUUAGCUGCGCUCCGCGUCCUCGGCGCCAGCCGAUUGCCUUCCUGCUCGUCCCGCUCGCUAUGUCCACCUCCACGAGCUGCCCAAUUCCCGGGGGCAGGGAUCGGCUGCCCGACUGCUACAGCACCACGCCGGGGGGCACGCUAUACGCCACUACCCCGGGAGGCACGAGGAUCAUCUACGACCGAAAGUUCCUGCUGGAGUGCAAGAACUCACCCAUUGCUCGGACGCCCCCCUGCUGCCUCCCCCAGAUUCCCGGGGUCACAACACCUCCAACAGCCCCACCCUCCAAGCUGGAGUUGCUGAAGGAGCAGAAGGAGACAGAGGAAGAGAUACCCGAUGACGCACAAUUUGAAAUGGACAUCUAAUCCAGUGCAGAUGAUCCUGUGUGGAAUUAGAGGAAUCCCUCAUACCGCUGCUGCCAUCACCUCUUCCUGGUGUAUUCCAAACACCAGGUGGCCUCAUAUAAUCUGGAAGGGAGGGACUUGUUGGUUUCGGGCCUCCCUUAGUUCUGAGGCAGCUAGACCAGGGAUAGGAGUGGGCAACUUGACAAGCCCUUAGCUCUACUUUCCCUUCGGUCUGUAGGUACUCCUCCCAACCCCGAGCCCUCCAUCAGGGGGACUGAGGGAUGGAGUAUGUCACUGAUUGCUUAGUAAAAGUUCAAAGAAAUGCUUUGACUCCGGUGUUCUCAACACUGCCUUUCCUAUCUCAGCCACACAGCCAAAGGCCCCAGGAGACCUAGUUAGGAUCACAGGUCCCAGGUCCCUUCCAAGCUGUCAAUGGGCCCACCUCCAAUGGCAAUUAGAGCCUAAGGCAGGCUAUGGGGGCAGGCUACAGCAGCUGCCAAACCAUAAACAGCAAUACCCUGACCCCCGCCAAGGGCUGUUCCAGCCUUUCCAGGAAGCAGCCUUCCUGGAAUUGGGCCUCUCCAGCAGUCCCUCCCUGUCUAUUCCAAAGCAGGAAAAAAGAGGCACUGCCCUAGAGUUUAACCUUCUCCAGUCUCUCCCCAUGCCUUUUCUGCAUCCCACCUGUAAGUAUUGUCCCCUAUUCCAACACUGAAAGCCUGUAUUCUCCCUUCUCAGCAUGAUUUGAACCUCUGGUCCCUUCCAUCUGGCUCUCAUGUCCUCAGAGGGUUAGAAGAGACGUUAGGGCCCAAAAUGAGGGAGCUCAUUUGGUGAGUCAGAGUCAUGCCCCUACCCCUGACCAUCCCCCAGCCCCCCAAAAAGUCACAAUCCCAUGUCAGCAAUCUAGUCUUUUUCUCCUUCAAUUUAUACCACUGUGUUCUAAUCUCUGUAGCACUGUAUAUCUCAAAGGUGACAGUGCAAACAGGACAGUCUCCUUUCCUUGAGGGAAAAAUCUCCCCUGCUAUUUGAGCCUCUGUUCUUAUGCUGAAAUGAAAUUAUCCAAAAAUAGAGAUACUCAGCCCAGCAA